AUGGGUGAAGGUAGAGCACUGACAUCUAGCAGGUUUGUUGUAGUCAAACCCGAUUCCAGAGUGGAAAUGGAACAUCAUAUCUAUAGAUUCAUUGUCAAUUUGCCUAUGUCUUCAUGUCGUUGUGAUGCUAUUAUGGUCACCAUUGAUAGGUUGACCAAGGUGGAUCGUUUCUUUCUAGUUAGAUCAUGCUACAAAACAGAGUCAGUGGCUUGUAAUUUCAUGGAGCAGAUAGUGAGGUUGCAUGGUAUUCCUCGAUGGAUCAUAUCAGAUCGUGAUACAGUGUUCACUUCAGGAUUUUGGACAGCCCUUCAACAUUAUUUAGGAGCGCCACUGAACUUUAAUUCAACAUAUCACCCAGAGAUAGAUUGCCAAACAAAGAGAGUUAACCAGGUGUUGGAGGCAUUAUAUGGUCACUCGUGUCAUACAUCCUUGAGUUGGGACAAAUUGGAGGAUAGAGUGCUUCUUGGUUCAGAGAUGUUGCAGGAUAUGGAGCAUCAGUUUUCAAUGAGUGAUAAAGUGUUUUUGAGAGUGCGUCCACGAAAGAGUCCUAUCCGAUAUGGAAAAGGCUCUAAGUUGGCACCUCACUUUGUCGGACCAUUCAAGAUUUUGGAGAGAAUUGGUCCUAUAGCUUAUCGUCUAGCCUUGCCACCCAGCUUGUCUCGCAUCCAUGAUGUGUUUCAUGUAUCAGUUUUGAGCCCAUAUUUCCCUAAUGUGACACAUGUUUUGGAUUGGAAUUCAUUGUACGUAGAGCAUGGGUAG